AUGGAUAAAAUAGAGGUGGAUCCGAAGCUUUUUAUAACUUGUCGAUUAUGUUUGGAUGAAAUGGGCCAGUAUCAAAUUGUUCCAAAUGUACGAACACAAAUAAAGUUCUGUUUUGAUAUAGAUGUUGAUCCCUUUGAUGGUUUACCUCAGUUGAUCUGCAAAAGGUGUGAGACUAUUUUGUCUGACUUCCAUGAAAAAAAGAAAAAUUAUCAAGAAAAGCAACUAGGUCUUAAAAAAAAUGCAAAGCCCAAUUGUAUUGUGACGGCACCUUUACAACAGCAGGAUACUGUAUCAUCAACACAAUCUACUAUACCUGAAACAAAGACUCAACAAUCACUUAAGUUGACUUUAAAGAAGAAACCAAAAUCCCUAGAAACAAAUUUAAAUGAAUCUUUCGAAAUAAAAAAUGAUACUAAAACAGUACGAUCUUGGCGUAAAAAUUACAACAAGUACUUCGCGUGCAGAUUAUGCGCAGCCGUAUACAAGAAUAAAAAGAUUCUUAUGACACAUAUGGAAAGGCACAGUGCGUUGCUACAAAAAUAUGGCCACAUACUAAAGAAAUGUAAAAUUCAGUUGCCUAAAAUCGAUGAAAAAACUAAUUUCGUCAGCUCUAACGACAUGGUUGUUAUGGGUAAAGAUCAAAUUCUGCUAAACAAAUAUGAUCAAUACCGCGUGGUAUACCUAAAAAAUACUUCAGGUUUACAAGAGAAGAAAGAUUUUUCCGAAUCCUUAGAUUACGACGAUUUCAUCACUAACGGGAAACGUAAAAGAUUAAGGCUACUUUCUCAAAGCUCCAAUGAAACAGUUGUAUUGGAAGAACCAAAAAAGAAUGAAGAAUUAGAAACACCGGGUUGCAGUAAAAAUAAAUUACAAAAUAUUGUUAUGGAAUGUGUAGAUAUUGAUUCUUCAGAUUCAGAGCCACCAAGCCCCAAAAAUGAUGAAGGUCGUAAACAAAUCAUUCGUGAGGUUGUUGCAUCCAGUGCCAAGAAAUAUUUGAAUAAUGAUAACGAUAAUUGUAAGGAAAUACAAUUGAAACAUAAACUUCUAAGCAUAGGCCGAAAAGUCGUCAAUAAGAAAUCUUUUAAUUGCACUGGCUUAUUGCGUUACUUGGAACACAAAAAUCUGGAUGUUGAAUGGAAUCCUAGAACUGGUCAAAAUUCUGAAACAGAUUAUGUUCAUGUCAGAACUAAAGUGCAGGACAAUAAAAAUGAUGCUGAAACAGGUUGGAUUAUUGCGAGUGAACUAAAAGGUUCAGACAUUAACACUUAUAUGGAAAAUUUACAAAAAAUAUUGGAAAAUGAUGAGUUGCCAACUCCCGAUCAGAAUUCAACAGAAGAGACUACAGUGGAGCAAGUGGCUAAUGAUAAUGACGAUAAUAUGCUAUUAAAGCUUUUAAAUACAAGUCCCGUUGCGAAUCCCAAACAACUUCCAAAAAAGACCAAAGAGACUACUAACAAAAGCGUUUCCUCUAGCGAUGCAAGUCUAUCUAUGCCCAUCAUUACAGACACAGUUUCCUUGGCCGAUACAGUGAUUGAACGAAUGAAUGAUAAACCAAAAGAGCCUACACCAUUUGUACCGCGAAUAAAAGUUAAACCUGCCUCGCAGUUAAUGGCACACAAAAGCACGACUAUAACUGAGACCACACCAUCGCAAGUUGCUUGGACUAUACCAGAAAAACCUCGAAACCAAAUCCCCCAAUCCGAAUGGGUGGUGAUGCAUACCGUUGAAUUGCCGCAAACAAAAACUUUCUCGCCUUUCAAAUACUUUCAAAAUCUGCUUCAAAUGCACGGUAUUACCUUGUUGGACACCACUGCGCUGGUGCCGAGUGAUUUCGUUUCAUUAAUAAAAUUCAAAUCGGUGUUUAAGCAGGAAACAAAACGCGUCACACUCUCGCUAGGGCUUCUUAGUGAUUCAAGACACUUCUAUAUUAAAGUUACCGAAUCAACGAAUGAACAACUGGAUAUAAAUACUUUAAUACCUACUUGGCAAUGGGAAAUACUUUCUUUAUAUAAAAGUGAGAUUGCUAAUAAUAUAUUGGAAAAUUCUAAGAAAGUCAACCAAAAAAUGUACGAUUCGACUAAUUAUUUUAUCAGUUUGUUGAGGUCCAUCGUAUUCAAAAGGCUUUAG